CUCUCUCUCUCUCUCAGCGUUUCGAGGUCAUCGAGGGCGGCGAGCACUCCGAUCCUUGUUACCCAUAAAAAAGAAACCCUCGUAUUUUUCUCCGAUUUGGAUCAGCCACAUCCUCCCGAGCGACCGAUUGCGGGCCCGAUCUCGCUUCAUGAUGCCCCGAAGCCGGGUAAGAGGAGGAUCCCGCUUGGCCGAGUCGAUCUGAGGCUUGUCCAGGCUUUCCAGCUUCCAAUCUUGGGUUUGUUGGAUCGAUUCGAGGGCUUGUUGGGGGGUUCCGAGGCUUGGAUGCUUGGAUUCGAAUGGGGAAGCAAAGGGAGGGAGAGGAUCGAUUGUUAGUGCUAGGGUUUGUUCAUCUUGAUUCUUGAAUUCAAAGAUUUGGUUUUGGAAUCUUUUUGUGAGAAGGACUUGGAGAUCUAAGGUUUCUCGGGUUCUUUUUGCCGGUUGUUCUCCUCGUUUUAUGUAAGAGAGAGGGUUUGGUUGGAAUGGGUACGGAUACGGUGAGGGAUAUGGCGUCGCUUGACCCGGAGCUGCUGCAGCUUCCGGAGGUGUCUCAUUUAGCUCUAAAGGCGAAACCUAAAAUAGCUGAAGAGUUGUACUUCCAGUGGCUUUCGUUUCCAGAAACGGGAAAAUUGGUUAAGUCGUUGAUCGAAGAUGCAAAAUCUGGUUCACCAUUGAAUGCUGUUGGCAGCUCUAGUACUUCGGGUGCUGCUGCUACUAAUUCACUGCCUUCCAUGUUUCCUGCUGGCAGUGCACCUCCUCUCUCACCUAGAAGCACUACUGGAUCUCCCCGCUUUAUGAAACGUAGUUCGGGAGCUGGGCCUUCACCCUUUGGUUCUCCACUAAAAUUAGUCAGUGAACCUGUCAAAGAAGUUAUACCUCAGUUCUACUUCCAAAAUGGACGUCCACCUCCAAAAGCACUGAAGGAACAGUGCUUGUCUAGAAUUGAUCAUCUUUUCUUCGGCAACAUGGACGGAGUACAAAUCCAAGAAUUCAAAACCGUUACAAAAGAAAUUUGCAAGCUGCCAUCAUUUCUUUCCAGUUCCCUUUUCAGAAAGAUCGAUGUUGAAUGUACUGGAAUAGUGACAAGGGAUGCAUUUGUUGAAUAUUGGAUCAAUAGCAACAUGAUGACAAAGGAUAUAGCUACGCAGAUAUUUACAAUUUUGAAGCAAGCAGAUCGCAAGUACCUUACUCAGGAGGACUUCAAACCUGUCCUGCGAGAACUCCUGGCAACCCAUCCAGGUUUGGAGUUCCUACAGGGGACUCCUGAGUUUCAGGAAAGAUAUGCUGAAACUGUCAUAUACAGAAUUUUCUACUACAUGAAUAGAUCUGGAAAUGGUCAAAUUACCCUCAGAGAGCUGAAACGUGGAGAUUUGAUUGCUGCAAUGCAGCAUGCAGACGAAGAGGAAGACAUCAAUAAAGUUUUGAGGUACUUCUCAUACGAGCACUUCUAUGUGAUAUACUGCAAGUUUUGGGAGCUCGAUACAGAUCAUGAUUUCUUAAUCGAUAAAGAGAACCUUAUCAGAUAUGGAAAUCAUUCAUUGACCUACAGGAUUGUUGAGAGGAUCUUUUCACAGGUACCCAGGAAAUUUAAGAGCAAGGCUGAUGGUAAAAUGGGCUAUGAAGAUUUUGUGUAUUUUAUACUAUCAGAGGAGGAUAAGUCAGCUGAGCCUAGCCUGGAGUAUUGGUUCAAGUGUAUAGAUUUGGAUGGUAAUGGAAUUAUAACCGCCAACGAAAUGCAGUUUUUCUAUGAGGAGCAGUUGCAUCGUAUGGAAUGUAUGGCGCAGGAGCCUGUACUCUUUGAGGAUAUUUUGUGCCAGAUGAUUGAUAUGAUUGGACCAGAGAAUGAGAGCUACUUUACACUGCGUGACCUGAAAGGUGGCAAGCUUUCAGGAAAUAUUUUUAAUAUCCUUUUCAACCUCAACAAAUUCAUGGCAUUUGAAACUCGUGAUCCUUUUCUAAUUCGGCAGGAACGGGAAAAUCCAACUUUGACAGAGUGGGAUCGUUUUGCACAUAGAGAGUAUAUUAGGCUGUCUAUGGAGGAAGAUGGUGAAGAUGCUUCCAAUGGAAGCGGAGACAUCUGGGAUGAAUCACUUGAGGCUCCCUUUUAAAGAUAAUCCGUGGUCACUAUUAAAAAAAACAAAAAAAUUAAUCUAGGUGCCUGUUAAGGAUCUAAUAUUCUCGAUGCUUCCCAUAAGAUGUCAUAGGAGCAGCCGUAUAGCUUGCAUCAGACACUCUUCUGGUGAAAAUUGGCAGGAGUGUGUGCCCUAGUGGAUGCUUCUACAAUUUCAUCAGAAAGAUUUAUCUCCAAAUGUAUGUUUUCAUGAUAUUGAAAGUUUUGCUUGAAAGGCAAGUGAAAGCUAGGUGGCAUUCUGCAGUGCGUUGUCAAUCCAGUACUGCCUAGAAGGCAAUACUUUUGUUUGUCUUUAAGAUGAAAAAUCCAAUUUUCCUGGCCCGGAACUAACCGAAUUGUUGAUCACAUCAUCGUAGAUGGAACCAACUUAUAGUUGAUUUCCUUUAUCUGUGUCCUUCCUCCAAUUUCUUCUAUUCCAACAGUCUUUUGGACUACAGAAGCAAUUAUAUUUUUAGUUGUCUCCUUGCAUGUGUUUUUUUUGUCCCACUGAUGGUAUGUCUUAUUCGGUAUAAUUCAUGUAACAUGUUCAUUUGACUUUCUAUUUAUAAUCAUGAAAAGACCAAACAUAUUGAUUUA